AUGGUCGCCCGGUCCGCCGCCGUUGUCACCUCACUCAUGCUGUGCUUCCACGAUUCGGACUUGGAGGGCGCCAAACUCGAAAUCACUGACGCCGUUGCCGAUGUCCGCGGCCUGCUGUCGAACAGCCUCAGCGCCAUCGAGCACAUCCAUCUCGAGGCCCCGAACAGCCUAUCCCUCUUCGUUCUCGUGGAGAUACUCAAUCUGCCGACCGUCGCGCCACACCUCAGGGCGCUGGAUGUCUACGACCGCAGCGGGGAAUUUGGGGGCCACCGCCGCGUCACACUCCUUGAUGCCGUGAGGACGAGGGCAGCACUGCAGCUGCGCUCGUUCCGGCUGCAUAUAGACGAGGCACACGGUGCCAGCCGGUCGGUCUUUGUCACAAAUACGCUCGAGAACGAGUCGCGGCCCGGGCCGGCGGAGAGCGACCCCGGGCCCGACUCUGACUCCGCGUCAGCGGACAGGGUGGUCGGCCUGCAGAGCCUGCCGGAAGAUGAGGCGGCGCUAGCGGCCAGCUGCGGCAUCGAUGUUCUCGUGACGAGCACUGUCAAGCACGGUACCCUUUCCGGCAGACAUUGGGACUUGAUUGGGACGUGGUGCUAA